CCUUCGUCCCUGCGGGUGUGAGCCUCCUUCCCGGCUCUGCCCCUGCUCAGGAGGGGAAGGGUCCUCCUCUCUCCCUUUUCCCUCCCCAUUCCCAGUUUUUCUCCCUCCCCAUUCCCAGUUUUUCUCGUCCCAACUUCCUGCGGCUGGCGUUCGGUCCCACCUCUUUCCUGCCCUGCCCCCUCCCACCCCCGGCCAGUCAGUCUCCCCAGUCCUCCGUGCCGUCCGCCCGGUCCCCACCAAAGGGGCUCCCUCCCCACGACACCCCCAAAUCCCGCACACCCAAAGCACGGCGACAGGUCCCCCCCCCGGGUGUCUGCUGGCAUGCGGCCCGCCUCCGCCCUCCUGCUGCUGGGGCUGGGACUGGCCGGGGGCCUCCGCCCCACCGACCCAAAUGUUUGCAGCUUCUGGGAAAGUUUCACCACCGUGGUCAAGGAGUCCUACGCCCACCCCUUCGUCCAGCCGCCGGCCCGGCCCUGCGAGGACCCUCUGGAUCGCUUCCGCACCUGCCACCAGCCCACGAUCGUCUACCGGACGGCCUACCGCCAGGCGGUGAGGACGGCCCAGAGGCAGCGGCUGCGGUGUUGCCAAGGCUACUACGAGAGCAGCGGCGUCUGCGUCCCGCUCUGCAGCCGAGAGUGCGUCCACGGCCGAUGCCUGUCCCCGGAGCGCUGCCAGUGCGAGCCCGGCUGGCGAGGGGUCGACUGCUCCAGCCGCUGCGGGGCGUCGACGUGGGGCCCGUCCUGCCGGCAGCGCUGCGACUGCGGGCCCGAGGGCACGUGCGACCCGCAGAGCGGGGCCUGCUCCUGCCCCGCCGGCCUGCGGGCCCCGCGUUGCCGCCUGCCCUGCCCCCCGGGCACCUACGGCCCCGCCUGCCGCUGGCCUGCCCCUGCCUCGAGGGGGCGCCCUGCCACCCCGCCACCGGAGCCUGCCUCUGCCCCCCCCGGGACCGCCGGGCCCAUCUGCGAGGUGUCCUGUGCCAACGUCACCUCCGAGGACUCCUGCCCCAGCACCUGCCCCUGCCAAAACGGAGGCGUGUGCCAGCCGGGCACGGGGCACUGUGACUGCCCGCCGGGCUGGACGGGCGCCAUCUGCUCCCAGCCCUGCCCCGAGGGCCGGUUCGGGCGCGACUGCCGGGAGGCCUGCCUGUGCCACAACCAGGCCCGCUGCGACCCCGUCACCGGCCACUGCCUCUGUGCCCAAGGCUACACCGGGGAACGGUGCCAGGAGGAAUGCCCCGUGGGCCGCUACGGUCAGGACUGCAGCGAGGUCGUAGACUGCGCCGAGGGCGCCCGCUGCUUCGCCCGGGACGGGUCCUGCCUGUGCGAGCACGGCUACUCCGGGGAGCGCUGCGACCAGCCCCUCUGCCCCCCGGGCAGCUACGGGCUCGGCUGCCCAGCACCCUGCGAGUGCCACCCCGGGCACAGCCUCAGCUGCCACCCCAUGAGCGGCGAGUGCCGGUGCGCCGCGGGCUGGGCGGGCCUGCAGUGCAACGAGAGCUGCCCGCAGGGCCAGCACGGACCGGGCUGCCGGGAGCCCUGCCUCUGCCUGCACGGAGGCACCUGCCGCCCCGACACCGGACUCUGCCUCUGCACCCCCGGAUACACGGGGGCGCACUGCGCCAGCCUGUGCCCCGCCGACACCUUCGGGCCCAACUGCUCGGAGCGCUGCUCCUGCCUGCACGCCUUCGGCUGCAGCCCCGUCGACGGCGCAUGCGUCUGCAAGGAAGGCUGGCAGGCGGGAAACUGCUCGGUGCCCUGCGCGCCGGGCACGUGGGGCUUCGGCUGCAACGCCAGCUGCCAGUGCGCGCACGGCGCCGCCUGCCGGCCGGACAGCGGCAGCUGCGCCUGCACCCCCGGCUGGCACGGACCCCGAUGCCGCCUGCCCUGCCCGGUCAGACGGCCGGCUUCGGCCCGGGCUGGCGCUAAGCGCUGCGACUGCGAGCGCGCCGCCCGGCUGCCGGCCCGCUGGACGGCCGCUGCCUCUGCCUCCCCGGAUGGACAGGUGAGCGGCCCCCGCCUCCCCGACUUCCGCCACAGAACUAACCGAGGACCCCGCUGCGGGCCAGCGCUGCCCCAAGGCCUCUGGGGUCCCGGUUGCAACAGUUCCUGCACCUGCAAGAACGGGGGCACGUGCGACGCGGAAGACGGCAGCUGCGCCUGCGCCCCCGGAUUCCGGGGUUCCCUCCUGCCAGCGCGGCCUGCCCCUCCGGCCCGCUACGGCAAGCGCUGCUGCUCCGUCCCCUGCAAGUUGCUGCCGACGCGGCGACCGGCGGAGAAGCGGGGGCGGGCGGCGAGCGGGCCGCUGACGGGCUUCUUCCCCCCCGUCCCAGUGUGUCCCCGGGGCAGUGGGGGGCCCGACUGCGCCCGGACCUGCCCGUGCCACCACGAAGCCCCCUGCGACCCCCGGGACGGCUCCUGCUCCUGCCCCGGGGGAUGGAGCGGACGCCUCUGCUCGGAAGGUACCCGCACCGACCGAGGACGGGGGAGCCAGGCCGGGUCGGGGAGGAGGGUCCCGCGUCCGCCCGGGCGAGCCCCUUCGCCUCUCCGGGCCUCAGUUUCCUCGCCGGGAACUGGGGGGUGGAGACCGGGAGAAGGGCUGAAGAAACCCCGGCGGCGGCGGCGGCCCCAAUCGUGCCGGGGCUCGGAGGGUUUCAGAGAUGCCCCGGUGGUUAUCGGGAUCCCCCGCCAGCCUCUCACCGUGGCGCCGGCCCCGCCUGACGUCUCGGCCUCGGCGGGCGCGGCGGCGGGCGUCGCGGCGGCGGGCGUCGCGGCGCCGUGCGCUCUGGCCGCCGGCCUCCUCGCCUUCGUCGUCGGCUACCGGCGCUGGAAGAAGGGGAAGAUCCACAGGCGCCUGACGGCCGCCUACGGCGGCGGGCGGCCACCCGCCUCCGAGUACGCCGUGCCAGAGGCGCCCCCCGGCUCCAGCCAUUACUACUCCAACCCCAGCUACCACACCCUGUCCCGGUGCUCGCCCCGGGCCCCGCUCCCCAUCAAGAUGCCGGGCCGCCAGAUGUUCUCGCUCGGGGCCCCGGAUCGGCCGGGCGCCUUCGGACCCGACGGCCGCGCCACCCUCCCCGCCGACUGGAAGCGCCUCGGGGGAGCCCCGCCCGGGCACCGCCAACGGGACUUCAGCCACGGUCACAGCUACAGCCUGGGACCCUUCUACCGUAAAGGCGGCAUCCCGGAGGAGGGGCCGCCGGCCGCCGGCCCGGACCCCCCGGCCGUCGAGAACCCCUACGCCACCAUCCGCGACCUCCCCGGCCUGCCGGGCGGCCCCGGCGAGGGCGGCUACGUGGAGAUGAAGGGGCCCGGGGCCCGGGAGGACGAAGCCCCCGGGGACGACGGGGAGAGACCCCCGCCCGGACGGAGGGACAGCGGAACCUACGAGCGGCCCGACCCCUGCCCGAGCCUCGAGCCGGGCCCCGGGGGCGCCCGGCCCCCCGCCCCGCCGGGGCUCCCCCCCGGCCACUACGACUCCCCGAAGAACAGCCACGUCCCCGGACACUACGACCUGCCGCCGGUCCGUCGCCCGCCGUCCCCGCCGCGGCGGCCCCAGCACCGGUGAGGGUCGCCCCGGGGCCGAGAGCCGAAGGGACCCCCGGACGGUGCGGGCCGCGGGGAAGGCCCUCCUCCCGGGGGGGGUCCCGCGGAGGCGGGGGUGGAGACCGCGGACCCCGGCCGGCCUCCCCCCCCCCACGCCUC